GGGAGGGCAGGGCUUAGGGAGGAGAGGUGGUCAGUGCUUGAGUCCUGGCUCUGGGUAUGAUUGGAGGAAAGGGCUCAAUCAUCAUGAGGACUAGGAAGAGCCUUCCUGAGUGGGUUGAUGGGAAACCGGAAGUGUUUGAGCUGAGAUCCCUCUCCCUUCCAGAAGUUCCCUCAGUGCUUGCAGAUCCCAGGAUUGAGAGAGAAUGGCUCCUGGGAGCAGCAGACCCCCAGCCCAGGAGUCAGUGACAUUCAAGGAUGUGGCUGUGGACUUCACCCAGGAGGAGUGGGGGCUCUUGGACCCCCCUCAGAAGGAGCUGUACAAGGAGGUCAUGCUGGAGAAUGCCUGGAACCUGCUCUCCCUGGGGCUUCCUGUUCCCAGAGAAGAUGUGAUCUCUUAUUUUGAGCAAAGGGAAACACGGUGGAUGCUGGAGCAAGAAGGCCUGAGGCGCUGCUGUCCAGGUGAUAACAGACUUGAAAUAAAAGAGACUUCUGCAGAGAUAGGCCUUUCUUUGGAACAAACUCACCAGCAAAGAUGCAGAAAUAAUGAUCCCUCUGAUUUUGAUAAGAGAGCAAUCUCUGCUUUAAUGCAUCAGAGAAUUCACCGUGGCCAGAAACCUUUUGAAGGUAAUCAAUGUGGAAAGACGUUCACAUCCAGGUACCAUCUUGUUACCCAACAGAGAAUCCACACUGGAGAGAAACCUUUUGAAUGUAAUCAAUGCGGGGAGACUUUCACAUGGAAGGCAGCUCUUGUUAACCAUCAGAAAAUCCACACUGGAGGGAAACCUUUUGAAUGUAACCAAUGUGAAAAGCCUUUCACAUCAAGGUCAAGUCUUGUUAAACAUCAGAGAAUCCAUACUGGAGAGAAACCUUUUGAAUGUAAUCACUGUGGAAAGACCUUCACAUCAAGGUACCAUCUUUUUAACCAUCAGAGAAUCCACACUGGAGAGAAACCUCUUGAAUGUAAUCAAUGUGGAAAGACUUUCACAUCCAGGUGGUAUCUUGUUAUCCAUCAGAGAAUCCACAGUGGAGAGAAACCUUUUGAAUGUAAUCAAUGUGGAAAGACUUUCACAUGGAAGGCAGCUCUUGUUAAACAUCAGAGAAUCCACUCUGGAAGGAAACCUUUUGAAUGUAACCAAUGUGGAAAGACUUUCCCAUUGAGGUCAACUCUUGUUAAACAUCAGAGAAUCCAUACUGGAGAGAAACCUUUUGACUGUAUUCAAUGUGGAAAGAUGUUCACAUGGAAGUCAACUCUUGUUAUUCAUCAGAGAAUCCACAAUGGAGAGAAACCUUUUGACUGUAAUCAAUGUGGAAAGACUUUCACAAGGAGGUCCCAUCUUGUUACCCAUCAGAGAAUCCACACUGGAGAGAAACCUUUUGAAUGUAAUCAAUGUGGAAAGACUUUCACAUGGAGGUCAACUCUUGUUAUCCAUCAGAGAAUCCACACUGGAGAGAAACCUUUUGAAUGUAAUCAAUGUGGAAAGACUUUCCCAUUGAGGUCCUAUCUUGUUACCCAUCAGAGAAUGCACAUGGGAGACAAAUCUUUUCAAUGUAAUCAAUGUGGAAAGACUUUCACAAGGAGGUCAACUGUUGUUACCCAUCAGAGAAUCCACACUGGAGAGAAAGCAUUUGAAUGUAAUCAGUGUGGAAAGACUUUCACAUGGAGGUCAGCUCUUGUUAAACAUCAGAGAAUUCACAGUGGAGAGAAACCUUUUGAAUGUAAGCAAUGUGGAAAGACUUUCACGUUGAGGUCCCAUGUUGUUAGACAUCAGAGAAUCCACACUGGAGAGAAACCUUUUGAAUGUAAUCCGUGUGGAAAGAUUUUCAAAUGGAGGUCAGCUCUUGUUAAACAUCAGAGAAUUCACAGUGGAGAGAAACCUUUUGAAUGUAAGCAAUGUGGAAAGACUUUCACAUUGAGGUCUGGUCUUGGUAUCCAUCAGAGAAUCCACACUGGAGAAAAACCUUUUGAAUGUAAGCAAUGUGGAAAGACUUUCACAAGCAUGUCAGCUCUUGGUAAACAUCAGAGAAUCCACACUGGAGAGAAACCUUUUGAAUGUAAUCAAUGUGGAAAGACUUUCACAAGAAGGUCAGCUCUUGGUAAACAUAAGAGAAUCCACACUGGAGAGAAACCUUUUGAAUGUAAUCAGUGUGGGAAGACUUUCACAUGGAGGUCCCAUCUUGUUUACCAUCAGAGAAUUCACACUGGUGAGAAACUUUUUGAAUGUAAUCAAUGUGGAAAGACUUUCACAUGGAGGUCUGAUCUUGUUAGACAUCAGAGAAUCCACACUGGAGAGAAACCUUUUGGGUGUAAUCAAUGUGGAAAGACUUUCACAAUGAGGUCAACUCUUGUUACUCAUCAGAGAAUCCACACUGGAGAGAAACCUUAUGAAUGUAGUCACUGUGGUAAAGCCUUCAUUGUAAAGUCAGCCCUUGUUUCUCAUCAGAGCAUUCAUAGGAAAUAGGAAUCUUAUAUAACUGACAUGAAUGAGGAAAGGUCUUGAAAUGGAGUACAGAGCUUCUUGGACCACACAAAAUUCACUCUGGUUAUAAGACAUCUAUGAACUCAAUGUGAGAAGCCUUUCACCAGAGAUCGUCUCUUAUCUACUCAUUAGAGGAUUCACACUACAAAGAAGCCUUACGCUUCUUCUUAUGGGAUAUGCUUUUUUCCUGGAACAUUGAGGUUUCUGGGAAAGGUCAAAUUUUUUCCUGAAUGUAAAGGAAAGGUGAAAUAAAAGAAAAUAAAGCUUCCUAGCCCUCCAGUUUACAAAACAAAUAAACAAAAAAGGAGGCAAAAUUGUCAUGAACUGCAGGAUUGUGUGAAAGAAGACAUCUGGAUGUUCUCAGAAAUAGAAUGUCUUCAGAGUGAGGAAAAGGAUUUGAGUCAGUAUUAUGUCAAAUGGGGAACAAUGUUUGGUGAAGGGAAGACAUCAGCAUGAUUUGACCAAGGGUAUAAAAACUGGGGGAAUUUUGUGAUCUCCCACAGGCCACCUUUGUGUAUGGCCUACAAUACAUGUGUGUAUCAGCCUACAUUAAGGCUACAUGCAUGUGACAGUGAAGAAACUUCAUUAACUUUCUGCUUCUGGAUCUUUGUCAUUUCCCCAUCAUCGUGAUGAGGAAGAAGUUGCUAUGAUGGCCUUGAGGAGGAGCAGAACCAUUGUGGGAAAAGCAGCCCCUAGUAGGCAGGUAAGAGGCCCUGUGAUUUGUAUCUAAACAGCCUCCCAUGUUUGCUCCUGCUCCCCCAGCCUGGAAGGGGAAUCUAAAUUCCAUCUAAGGUGCAUCUGGGGUGAUUGUCAGUCAAAGGGAUCUUGAGGGACUCCUAGAGGAGAUAAUUUUGUGUAUCGGUAAAUCCCAAGUGACCUUUACCUUUGGCCUGAUCAGCCAAAGGGAAAAAAGUGCACAGAGAAUGAAAAGUUUUCUGUGGAAAUUUGAAAAUCUUUUAAAAAGUAAGAGUCUCAUUGUAGAAAUAUGUUUAGUGUGAUUGUACAUACCUAAAUUCU